AUGGUCGAUGAUGCAGCAGUGGAUAGUCAAGAUGCAAUAGCUCAUGCAGCAGCCAAUGGUCGAUUGGAUUUGGUUCAAUGGUAUUGCGACAUGAAAGGUCCGUAUGCUUUUGGAUGGAAUGUCAUGGAUACUGCAUUAGCACAGAAUCAGAUGAAAGUGGUGGAAUUUCUAGACCGUGUAUUGGGCAACCGAUGUACUCGACGAGGGCUGGAAAAAGCGGCUUUACACGGACAUUUGAAAGUCGUCCAAUGGCUUAAUAAUUCACGAUAUUACGAGAUCAAAACGUUCAGGACACUGGAAAAUGCGAUUGCAGGAGGACACUUGCACGUUGUGCAAUAUGUGAUGGAAACGGUGGUGGUGGCUUAUACGUCGUGGAUGCAGGCAGCAUUGGCUGCUGCAGUCAUGUAUGGACAGUGUCAGAUUUUGCAAUGGCUUCAUGAUCGAGCAUCAGUGGAAGCUGCUGUUUUUGAUCGGCGCUUUCGCUUUGAAAUUCAUACAUAUCAAUUGUACACUGUAGCCAGGGAGGGAUAUCUAGGUGUGUUGCAAUGGCUGCAUGCUAAUAACUACUCGGUGCAUUGUCGUCGAGCACAUGUCGUUCGUGGAGCUGCUACUGGUGGCCACAAAGCAAUUAUUGAGUGGAUGGAAAACACAUUUGAGUCUCUAUCGCACCAACGUCAUCGUAUUCGCGUGGAUGGUGCUGCAAGUCUCGGUGAUCUGCAGUUCAUUAUGUGGCUGCAUCAUCAAGGUUAUCGCUUCACAACCCACGCAAUGGACGAUGCCGCAGCAGGUGGAUAUUUGGCUGUCGUGCGCUGGAUGCACGAAAAUGCUGAAAGAGUACAGUGCACAGUGGCUGCGAUGGAUCGUGCUGCUGCUAACGGUCACCUAGAUAUCGUGGAGUUUCUUCAUCAAAACCGGAAGGAAGGCUGUACGACAGCGGCAAUGGAUAAUGCUGCGCGCAAUGGACACUGUAGCGUAGUGAGAUAUCUAUUCAUGAACCGUAGCGAAUAUUGCACGGCUUUGGCGGGUGAAUCACGUUCAGUGCAAGUACUACAAUUUUUGAAAGAGAACAAUCGUCUUCGUUCUCUUCUUCCUAAGACAGUAGAGGCGGCGACAAGAGGAGAUUUAGAACUACUUCAGUGGCUAUAUAACCACGAUCGUAGACGCUUUGGAUUUGAGGCAGUUAGUGGUGAGGCUCGCGAGCACAACCACUUUGAACUGCUUCGUUGGCUUGAAACACUGCCUGAAGCUGGGAGAUACUGCUAG